CAGAUAAUAUGACAUCAUUCGAAAGAGUAAAAUGUAUAUUUUUCAUUAUUCAGACGAAAAUCAUACAAUCCUUUUAAAAGAAUUUCUGUCCGAUUCUCUGAUGAAUGUGGAAAUUUUGAGGAGGCUGUGGAUUUGGGAGGCCCUAGGAGAGAGUUCCUCACCUUGCUCAUAGAAGCAAUUGAAAACUCUGCACUGCUUGCAGGCCCAGAUGGAAGAAAAAACCUUGCUCUUGACUCAGUUGCUUUCAGAGAAGACAGAUAGGCCUACUACCUUGCUGGUAAAGCAAUUGCUGUCAGCAUGGUUCACGGGGGACCUUCUCCUGGAUUCUUUUCAUCAACUUUGUUUGAAUGCAUCUGUAACGGGAACGUGUCACCAACCAUAGAUGAUGUUAAUGACUUGGAUUUGCAAGCAAAAAUCCAAAAGAUUGCCAAUGCUGCAACCAUGGAAGAGUUAUGUCAGGCAACUGAGUGUAUAACAGAAUACCUGGCAAAUGCAGGCUGUCUUCGAGCUAUAAAACGCCUCGGAGACAAGGAUCAGCUUGUAGACGAUAUUUUAAUGUUCCAGGUUGUGAACAGAGUCCAUGGCCCACUUGAACGACUCCGGGAGGGCCUGAUGACUCUUCUUGGCCUGUUGAAUGCUGUUGUUAAACACAAAGAAGCCUUCAGACCCCUUUUCUGCAGCCCACAACAGCCACUUACUGCAGACACCCUUGAAGACUUGUUUAAUAUUCGCUACUCAGUUGCUGGAAGUAACAGGCGGGCAGAAGAAAACACUGCAGUAGCCUUCUGGAGGGACUACCUUCUAGAUGCAGAAGAAGGCAACUGUAACUGCUCGCUAGAAAAAAUCCUUAUGUUCACAACUGGAUGCAGUGUUCUGCCUCCAAUUGGAUUAAAGCCUCAGCCAUCCAUUGAGUUCCUACAUACUCCUGAUACUACACCUGGGUCUGCUUCACUAAGAGAGAAAUUUCCAACUUCAAACACGUGCAUUAACUGCUUGCGUCUCCCUUUACACAAGGACUAUGCCCAUUUUAAGUCGAAUAUGGACUUUGGUAUUUGCAACACGCAAGGGUUUGGUCAAGAGUAA